CAGUAGGCUGCGACAUAACCCUCAAAGAUCCAUUCCAAUAAACACAACUAUAAACGAUAAGUUGAAGGAAACAACAGCAGCAAUCAUGUCGGACAGCAAUCGUCGCCAGAUGCCGGUGCCCAGAGCGGCGAUGAUGAUGCACCACCUGCACUUUUUGGAGGAGGAGGCCGACGAGUCCUCGCUGGAGUUCAACGAGAACUGCAACCAGGCGUGGCGCGCCCAGUUCAGACACCCGGCGAUGGCCAGCCUGGGCGUGGGCUUCGAGUUCGUGAGUCCGUUCAGCCAGCGCCUGAACUCAUCGAUGAGCACCCAGGACGAGGACACGGAGAACCGGAUGAUCGGUAAUUCCUCAUCGCGAACCUACCGAGUGGGUCCCUUUCUGCGGAUGCCGCCACUCGAGUAUCUGCCCUACAGUUUUGGGUCGGAUGACGAGAACCUUGUGCAGCACCUGACUUAGUUCCACAACAAAACCAAGUUCUUUUUCUACCAAAUUCAACGUGUUUCCGAUCUCAAAUCUGAUCCAUUUUCCCCCACCCACCAGGACACUCGUUUCUCAACCAGCGAUGUCGCAUCUAAGCUUUCAUUGGGAUUCAAAUUCGAACUGGAUCCGCGGGGCCCUCGAAAUGUGUCUUUUAUAACAACUCGUUCGGUUUGUCUCACUGUGUUUGGAAUAAAUUGCAUUUCAUCGCGAAUCGACGAAGGCCUUCGCUUGGGCUCUGAACCUGAACUAACAAUAA